AUGGAAAAGUGCGAGUUUCACCGGCCUUCCGUCACAUUCCUGGGAUUCAUCUUGGCCGAGGGAGAGAUUGGCAUGGAUCCCAGUAAGGUUGACUCUGUUCUCCAAUGGCCCACCCCCACCAAUCGCAGGGAGGUGCAGAGAUUCAUUGGGUUCGCACAUUUCUACCGCAAGUUCAUCAGGAACUUCAGUUCCAUAGCUGCUCCCUUGCACGCCCUCACUUCACCUGGGAAUUCAUUCGAGUGGGAUGUGACCUGCCAGGAGGCCUUUGACAAACUUAGGUCAAGUUUCACCACAGCUCUAGUCCUCAUCAUGCAAGAUCCAGAGAGGCAGUUUGUGGUGGAAGUGGAUGCAUCUGACUCAGGAAUGGGAGCGGUACUCUCAGAGGUGUGCGAGAGAUGGGAGACUUAA